UUGUCGAAAAAUGUGAACAUAACCUUGAUAAGAUAAAUACAUGAAAAUCUAGAAUGGAAAUAAGUACCAAUUUAUUUAAUUCCUCAAAUUUUUCAGUACAUGAAAAUACUUGCAGAACAUGUCUACAAUUACUGAGGAACUGCGAUAAAAAUUGUAUACUUGAGCAAAACAUUAAAAGUAAGAUUGAAGACCUCGCAGCAUUAACUCUAUAUGAAGAAGAUAGUAUACCAAACUUUAUAUGUGAUGUAUGUUUUGAGAAAUUAAAUAGUGCUGUGGAAUUCAAACGACAAGUGGAAAGAGUAAAUGAAUUUUUGAAGCAUUAUUUAAGUACUUUAUCAAUAACCAAAGACAACCAAUUAAAAGCUGAACAAGAGAUGCCUGUGGUCUUGGAGAAUCUAGCAGAAGAAGGUAAAGAAAAGAAUUAUGGGUUAAAUAUUGAAAAAAUUAACGAUAAUGGUGAAUCUAAUUGCACUCAAAAUGCUACAGUAAACAAAACAAUUGGUCAAAAUUUAAAUAAUUCUUCAAAUAGAAGGAAUACAAAUCACAGAAAACAAAAAAGUUCUGUUAUUUGUCCAACAUGUGACAAAAAACUUAAAACCACCACUUCUUUAAAAGCACAUAUGAGAACUCAUGGGGUUUUUGAAAAAAAACUCGAAUGUGAUAACUGUGGAAAAAAAUAUACCAAUCAGUAUGAUUUAAGAGUACAUUUGAGAAAACACAGUGGAGCUAGACCAUUCUCUUGUAAAGUUUGUCAAAAAACUUUUGCAGAUCGCAGAUGUUUCAAAAAGCACAAAAAGAUUCAUUCUGGGGAAAAAUUGUAUAAGUGUGAACUUUGCGACAAAAGUUUUAUUCAUUCUUACACUUUAAGGACGCACCAAAGGGUUCACAGUGGAGAAAAACCUUUUAUUUGUGCUAAAUGUGGACAUUCGUUUACAACAACGACACAACUAAAGCUUCAUACCAGGAUUCAUCAUACUCGAGAAAAACCCUACAACUGUAGUUCAUGCUCUAAAGUUUUUGCAAGUAGUUCUGGGCUCUCAAAUCACAAAAUGACCCACACUGGCGAAAGAAAAUUUAUUUGUACAAUUUGUGGGAAAGGGUCUCGAACAUCAUCUGAUCUGAAGUGCCAUCUUAGGACGCACACUGGAGAAAGACCAUUUAAAUGCACGUUUCCUGACUGCGAUAAAAAAUAUAAGACAAAUAGCCAAUUAUGUACUCAUAUUAGAACACAUACAGGUGAAAAAAACAAAUGACGAGUUAGUGAUAGAAC